CGCCGUAUCUUGUCACGCGCGCGCACACACUCGCAUCGUGGACUGCCUGCCAUCGAUCGCCGCCCGGCGAGGUAGGAGCAUCAUGGCGACGGAGGCGGCGCCGGAGUGGCUGGACAAGGGCGACAACGCGUGGCAGCUGGCGGCGGCGGCGCUGGUGGGGCUGCAGAGCGUGCCGGGCCUGGUCAUCCUCUACGGCAGCAUCGUCAAGAAGAAGUGGGCCGUCAACUCCGCCCUCAUGGCGCUCUACGCCUUCGCCGCCACCAUGGUCUGCUGGUGCCUCUGGGGCUUCCGCAUGUCCUUCGGCGACCGCCUCCUCCCCUUCGUCGGCCGCCCCGACUUCGCCGGCCUCGACGCCGCAGGCUUCCUCUCCCGCCAGGGCUUCGCCGGCGCCUACCCGGCCGCCACGCUCCUCUUCUUCCAGUUCGUCUUCGCCGCCAUCACGCUCAUCCUCGUCGCCGGCUCGCUCCUGGGCCGCAUGGACUUCCGGGCAUGGAUGAUCUUCGUGCCCCUCUGGCUCACCUUCUCCUACACCGUCGGCGCCUUCAGCGUGUGGAGCCCCAACGGGUUCCUCUUCAAGGCCGGCGUCAUGGACUUCGCCGGCGGCUACGUCAUCCACCUCUCCUCCGGCAUCGCCGGCUUCACCGCCGCCUUCUGGGUCGGCCCGAGGACGGCCAAGGACAGGGAGACGUUUCCGCCCAACAACAUCAUCCUCACGCUCGCCGGCGCGGGGCUGCUGUGGAUGGGGUGGACGGGGUUCAACGGCGGCGCGCCGUACGCCGCCAACAUCGACGCGUCCGUCGCCGUCGUCAACACACACCUCUGCACGGCCACGAGCCUCCUGGUGUGGCUCAUCCUCGACUGCUUCGUCUUCGGCCGCCCCUCGGCCUUCGGCGCCGUCCAGGGCAUGAUCACCGGCCUCGUCUGCAUCACCCCGGCCGCCGGGCUGGUGCAGGGCUGGGCGGCGAUGCUGAUGGGGCUCGUCUCCGGGAGCGUGCCGUGGUUCACCAUGAUGGUGCUGCACAAGCGGUGCCGGCUCCUGAGGCACGUGGACGACACGCUCGCCAUCCUCCACACGCACGGCGUGGCCGGCAGCCUCGGCGGCCUCAUGACGGGCCUCCUGGCGGAGCCGCGGCUAUGCCGGCUCUUCUUCGGCGACGACCCGCGGUACGUGGGAUUCGUGUACGCGGUCAGGGGUGGGCGCGUCUCCGCGGGGUUUCGGCAGAUGGGCGUGCAGCUGGCCGGGAUCGCGUUCAUCGUGGCCCUAAACGUCGUCGUCACGAGCAUCAUUUGCCUGCUCGUCAGGGUGGCCGUGCCGCUCCGGCUCAGCGAGGAGCAGCUGGCGGCCGGCGACGACGCCAUACACGGGGAGGACGCGUACGCGGUGUGGGGCGAGGGCGAGACGUACGAGCAGUCCGUGCAUGGGAGCCGGCGAUACCAAAUGACGGCCAAUCCUAUGUCGUCCAAGGUUGAUGAGAUCAUCUGAGCAGUCCUAUGCAUUUGUAAGAUCGAUACUAGUGCAUUGUGGAGUAUGUUUAACGGAUUUGCUGUUUAGGGGUACUCCUAGAUCCUAGUCUACCACGAACGAAUGUCCAAGGAAAUAUUAGGAACGGCCACCUAUACGGUCAAACCCACAACACUGUAGUUUUCGAUCGUUGAAGCAGCCCGAAGGGGCUGAACCCUAGGAUCAACAUAUAGCUAGCGAUCCUAGCUUAUCUCCACACUUAAUUGCAUAUAAGUAUCACAUUUGUGCCUAGGAUAACGAAUUGGUAAGAAAUAUAAGGUGUUUAGAUCACUACUUUAGAAGGGGUAUCAAUUUUCUUUACGGAGGGAGGGAGUACUAGUUUUCGUUUUUUGUUUGUUUGCAGAUUAGUAUCGAAUUUGGGGCAGACCGCAACAAAUCACAUUGAUUAGCGUUUGAACAAGUUUUGACAAUCUAUACCUAAGAUGCAAUCUUAAUCAACAAUGCAUUAUCCGGCUUACUUUCAUAUCGGUACUGAUCCGGAUUGGUACUGAUCCGGAUUGUGGAUGAAUAUCUCAA